AUGGACUUGUCAGAAUUGCACCGUGUCAAACAACGGUUCACUUUUGGCGCACACAAGUCAUUAAUCAACCUCACGCUACCCGACCCCAGCUCUCUGGACAGCACCCCGAUCCUCGUAUACCUGGCUCGCACACACGUCACGCUCAACGAAACCGAGGCGUUUCCACAAAUUGGGGGUGAGGACGCUGAUGCGGAUGAGAAGGAGAAGGGCAUAGUGCGGGUGCUUGCUGGGGCGGCCUUCGGAUUGGAAAAUAUCGGCGCCGGGACGAGUACGCAGAACCUCGAGACAUAUGUCUCUCCUUACACUGUCACUGUCACCGUACUAUACCUGUCUAUCAAUCGCCCUGACCUUGCACGCAAGGAGUUCGACCAGGCCAAGCGAUGGUCAGAGGACGACCUGCUCCUGCAAGUCAUCGAGUCAUUCAUCAGCCUUGUCACUGGCAAGGACAGCUAUUCUGACUGCAACUCUUUCUACACCGAGCAGCUUGGAAGCACCUCGCUCUCUUCUGCAUAUCUGCUCACCCUGCAUGGGGUAAGCGCUUGA